AUGGCAAUCAAAUAUCUCAUCCUGCUCUCCCGUCAGGGCAAAGUGAGACUGGCAAAAUGGUUCACCACCCUCUCCCCGAAAGAUAAGGCGAAAAUUAUCAAGGACGUCUCUCAGCUGGUUCUGGCUCGACGGACUCGAAUGUGCAAUUUCCUCGAGUACAAGGACACAAAAAUUGUCUAUCGCCGCUAUGCGUCCCUCUUCUUCAUCGCCGGUUGUGACUCCACGGACAACGAGUUGAUUACCCUCGAGAUCGUUCACCGCUACGUCGAACAGAUGGAUAAAUACUAUGGAAACGUGUGUGAACUGGACAUAAUUUUCAACUUCCAAAAGGCCUACUUUAUUCUGGACGAACUCCUCCUGGCUGGAGAGAUGCAGGAAAGCAGCAAGAAAAAUGUGCUGAGGUGCAUCAGUCAGGAGGAUAGUCUUGAAGAUAUGGAGUUUAUGCCGAAUCGCGACCUUGACACGGUCACCUCCGCGCUCAACUUUACCACCCCCGAUCUCCACGUCGUAGGCGGUUGUGACCUGUACACUACCAAGGCAGCAGGAGGAGACAAGAAACUUUACAAGAACAUUGAAAAUGGCCUCGAAGCACAAUACAAGUCGAAUCUCCAAUUCUCCCAGUCGCUUUCCCCACCCCAGGCGCAUGUGGCUGCGUCAAGCCUGAAUCUGAGCCGAAGCAGCCCCUUUGGGAAUCUAGGGAUGAUCAGCUCGCGGAGGACCUAUGCGUACCUCAUCGCCACACUGAAUGCCAGUCACCCCCACUACGACUUCUCGCACGUCCUGCGCCCCACGGAUUUCAAACGAGAGAAGAGUCUCCGGCACGUCAUGAACACGGUCGACACGACCAUGUAUAAUCUUCGUUCACGGCCCGUCAAUUCCUACCUGAGAGACUCCGCCGGUCCUCCGUCCACUCAACCACAAUGGGGUCCGGCAAUGUGGAGGCUGAUUGACCAACAGAUGAGUCUGCGCGACUGCGCCGUGUACCGCUAUGCCCCAGAGGAUUUUGAUCCCUUUGAGGAUGAUGAUGAAGGUUCCAUCUGGUCGAUGAACUAUUUCUUCUUCAACAAAGCGAGGAAGCGCGUUUGUUACCUAUAUUUGCGAGGCAUCAGUGUGUUGGCAGUCCCGACCAUCGAUGCGUUGCGGACCCCCGUCAAGUCUAAGCGUUUCGCCGAUGAGGAGGUGGAUGGCUGGAUUACUCCCGACCUCGGCGCACACAAACGAGCAAAAUACUGGCUUGGUGAUCGAGAUGAUGUCGAAAUUGCUGAGCACGACGAUCGAGUUGAAGAAGAUGUGGACAUGGCGGUGACGUCGGUUGAGAAGGACGAUGGGCCCAUAGCGGCUCCUGUCUCCGUGAGCAAACAGCCAUUGAAGGACAAUGAUUCCCAAUCCGACGAUGAUUACUUCCCGCCCCCAACGAGGCCGGUCGUCGACGAGCAUGACAAUUACCUGCUCAGCGAUGAAGAGUUCAACCCUUAUACGGAUGGGGAUGCAGUAUCUCAAUUAGCACGGCUUCCUCACCCCAAGCCGAGUCUCGAGAAAAUCAAGCACGACUACAACCCUUUCCUCCAGGAGAUGAAAGCGUAUGAACAAAUACGCAAAUUCUGCCCAGAAUCUCAACGACAUUUCUUUUUAAAUUAUUACGGCAUAAUUGACAUUCCUUGGGAAUCUGGUCGCCGUCAAGGGGUUGUGACGGACCUUCUCCACCCUGGGAUUCAAGACCGCCGGCUGCAAUCGGCCAGUGUCCCUGAAGCAUUUCGACCAUACCUCGAUGAACUACAGUUUGCGCUCGUGAAUAUGGACCUGUCGGACGUUGAAGGAAGUUGGUACCUCAGCGUAUUGAAUAGUCGGCUGAAAAUGGUGACGGUGUUACAUGCGCUCGGUAUCUCCCACGGCGACAUCAAAGGGGACAGCUUUGGACUCCCACAAUCUCUACACGACAUUGCUUUACAUGACUUUAGUCGCUCCUAUACUUUCACACCGGAGCGCCCAUGCCGACUUCGAGCAGGCCCACUGAAGCAGGUCAUGGAUGUUGAGCGCCGCCAAGUCCAGGAGACGGUCUUGAAUAUGGCAAGAUCAGCUCGAUUGUUGGACUUCUUCACGACACUCCUGAAUACAACCGCGGAAACGGCACGCGCCUUGCUACGUACACGCGUCUCUCCUCAUGUACUUUCUACGGAAAUUUCACUUGUAAGACUAUCCGUUAUGCUCGAAAACGAUGAGCCCGCGGUGUCGGGAAGACCGGCGGAAUGGACCGUGACCAUGGUAAAGCACCUUGACGACUUUGUGGGUGUGUUCUAUUCCGAGCCAAAGGACUUGGCCAUUCCGUCGAAGAGCUUCGUCCUGGCGUCUCUCGUGUCGUCAAGCGGUGUUGUCAUUGAGCAACUCCGCCUACUUUGUCCCAACGGGAGCCCGCCCGGCAAGUCCACUUAUGCGUUGGUACCCAGCGCUUGGCUCGGAACUCUGGACACCAGGCGACUUUUCUGGAUUCUGCUCUACUCGCCGUCAUUCUGUGGAACUGAGAGGACAGUAACCGUUCUAGAUCGGCGGCAGCUCGACACGGAGAUGAAUGAUAUCCACCACGUGAUAUAA